UUCCUUUCCCUUCUCCUUUUCUUCCCAAACACCUCACCCUUGCUUUAUAUAUAAACCCCAUCUCCCCUCUCAUUCUAUAUCUCCAAUUGCAUCUUUCUAUAUCUCUCUAAAAGCUUCUAUUAUUCAAUUCAAUGGCAACAGCUAUCAGGCCAAAACGCCUCGUUUUCCUUGUCUUGCAGCUGCUAUCUCUAAUCUCUCUUUUCCAUUCGUCGUAUGCUGCAAGGAAGCUCGCGUCCUUGGUCCAAGAUCAGCCUCUUCUCUUGCAAUACCACCAUGGCCCACUUCUCUCUGGUCCCAUCUCCCUCAAUCUCAUCUGGUACGGAAAGUUCAAUCCAUCCCAGCGGGCCAUUGUAACCGACUUCCUCACUUCCGUCAUUUCCUCUCCUUCCAAAUCCCAAAACAACCCUUCUGUCGCAUCGUGGUGGCAGACCACCGAGAAAUACUACUCCCAAUCCAACGCCAAAACGCCGUCUCUCUCUUUGGGGAAACAGAUCCUCGACGAGAGCUGCUCCCUCGGAAAAUCCCUCAGAUCCAGCCAGAUAGUGCGUCUCGCAGGGAAGGGGCCGCAGAAGAACGCCAUUAACAUUGUCCUGACCGCAUCGGAUGUGACGGUGGAGGGUUUCUGCAUGAGCCGGUGCGGGACCCACGGGUCUUCUCCGAGGGGCGCGCAAGCGAAGAAGAAUGGAAGAUUCGCAUACAUCUGGGUGGGAAACUCGGAGACUCAGUGUCCAGGUCAGUGCGCCUGGCCAUUCCACCAGCCCAUCUACGGACCUCAGGUCCCGCCCUUGGUUGCGCCCAACAACGAUGUGGGGCUGGAUGGCAUGAUUGUAAAUAUCGCCAGCCUGUUGGCCGGAACAGUAACGAAUCCGUUUGGGAACGGGUAUUUCCAGGGACCCAAGGACGCGCCGCUGGAAGCAGCAACGGCUUGUCCAGGAAUUUACGGGAAAGGAGCUUACCCAGGCUACGCAGGGGAGCUGUUGGUGGAUUCUAGCACGGGGGCCAGCUAUAAUGCGAACGGGGCGAAUGGAAGGAAGUACCUGCUGCCUGCUCUCUUCGACCCUUCCACAUCUUCCUGCUCCACUCUCGUUUAGUCAUGAUAUUGUUGAUGCUGAUGAUCAUGAGAUUAGAAAUCGUGUAUACAUUUAUUCAUUCAUUCAUUAAUUAAAAUUUAUUAUUUAUGCCACCUGAA